AUGAUUGGGUAAAGCAAAACGGAAUUACACUAAGUCUUUAAAAGCUUCGAUAAAGAUGGAAGUGGAUAUGUGGAUAAGCAAGAGCUUCAUGCAAUAUCUAAAUAAUUGAAUCAAGAAAUCAGUUAAGAAGAGAUUGAUAAAGUAUAUGUCUAUUUGAUCGUUUUUUUAGUUAAUGGCAGUAGUUGAUAUAAACAAAGAUGGUCAGAUAUCAUUUGAUGAAUUUUGGAAUUGGUGGUAAUUUGGAAAAAAUGGAAAUUUAGAAAAACUAGUGUUUAUGAAACUGAAACUAAUGAAUUUGCUUAAAAAAGUGAAUUCAGAAUUCACAAAUUUGGAAUCUCUUUCUUUGAAAAAUAAGAUAAAAUUUUUGAUCAUCACUAUUGGGCUAUAAACUAUGGUGAUCAACCUUGUCACUUAAGAAUGGAUAGUCAAAUUUUGUAUAAAGGUAGAGGUAUUGCUGAGGCUUUAAAUAAUGAAAACAAAUUAGUGAAGGGAAUCCAGUUAAGUUAAAGUAAUUUUUUUAAUCUAAUAAUGAUUAUACGUACUCUUUAACCCGAAGUAGCAAAAGAGAAAUUUUAAUAAUUAUACAAUAACUUCAUUUAGAAAUUAUAAAAAGCAAAGACGGAUGGGUCGGUAUAAGUCUUAGAAUUUCUUUCUAAGUGUGAAUUAGAGAUUUCUACUAAUACUGACCAUGUUAUUUAAAUAAUUAUUAUUGCAGGUAAUUCUUUAAUUUACAGUUAAACAUCCUUUAGUUUAAGAUUUUAUUGAAACCUAAUACACUCCUUUUCUGGAUUAAUUGGGAGAGGACCUUGAAGUUCAAAUAGAAUUUAAUGUAGGUAUAAAAAAUGGAUUGAAAAAAAUGAUGAAAAAGAAUUAAAUUUUUAUUAAGUAUUUGUUAGAAGGUUUCUUGAUUGAAUUGAAGGCUAAAUUUAAUUCAUCUCUUUCAAAAAAAGUAUUUAAUUUAGGACUCUUUCUAAUAUAGGCAGCAUAAUAAAAGAAAAUGUAAUAAAAUAAAAUACUCUCAACAUAUAUAUAGUAAUUCACUCUCCCUCUUCUUUUUAAACACUCCAAAUUUCAUUUGUAAUUUAAAAAUAUGGAAGAUGUUGAUGUCUUUCUUAAAUCUCUAGGUCUCGACGGUGAGUUUGUCGAUGAUUAACCUAAUGCAAGAGAUUUAUUAUAGGAGCUGAUACUAUAAGAUGAAAUGGAAGAAUUUAAAAAUCCAGAAUAAGAAUUUCACAUUUUGUAUCAAUUUUAUUAAUUUGGAAAACAAUACUUGAUUGCGAAAGGAUAAGCUUUUGCAUUAUUUCCUAAUGCACUAAUUAAAUUGAAUUUUAAUUUUGAUGGGUUGGCCGAGGUUAUGGAAUGUAUAUUUAGAGAAGAUGGAGAAAACGUAAAAAAUAAAUAGAAAUGA